GACUUCUAUAAACAUUGACAAUGACAAUUAUUAUAAUUUUAUUGUUGAUGUCAAUGUCAAUGUUUGAAGAACUCCACUCGAGCUCCCUAUCAGAAGGAUUGGACCUGAACCCACCACCGAUCGCUUCAUGGCCAUCAUGCAUGGCCCUAAUGAGCAAGUCACUCCUGGAAAUGCUUUAGCUGUCGACCCAACACGACAGUUUGGUGCCUUGCAGUCGUUUGGAAACACUUUCUUGAGCCGAUUCGAGGCUUCGUUUUUGCCGAGUCCAGUCCUCGAGAGUAUAACCCUCAUCGACACUCCGGGAAUAUUAUUGGGAGAGAAGCAACGAUUACAUCGAGGAUACUCUUGCUUUCUAGUUGUUGAUACUCAAGAGAAGCCUACCAAGUUCCAAAUGAGAGUUCAGAGCACUAAUCGACUGAUGUUGCCCCCCACUCUCAGUCUGUGUAUACUGUUACUGAUAUUCCGCUUACUGUUACAGUCAGGAGAUGUUGAAGCAAACCCUGGACCAACGCUUGCCUCAAUUCUGACUCUCGGUGAUUUGAAUUCUGUUUACAAGAACCUGAUAAAAGCCGCUGGAAACUGGAAGGACCUGGGACUUGAUCUGGGAUUAGGUAAUGGCACCCUCGAUGAUAUAAAAGAUGACUAUCACAGGAACAAGGACUGUCUACGUGAAAUGAUAGCUGCUCGCUUGAAGACUGGCCCUCUCACCUAUUCUGACAUAUGUCGGAGUCUCAGAGCACCAACAGUUGAUCGGAAUGAUGUCGCUGAGGCUAUAGAGGAGGCAUGUAAAGCAUCCAAUUACUCAGAGGACGAUACUUCACUAGGGCCAUCUAUGAGGCAAACAUUAUCCACAACGACUCCUGGACCAACCAGUGGUGCUGGACUCACAGAGAGCUUGGGAAAUUCAUUGCUAGAUACGGUGAUAAAAGAUGAAGAUCUGAUUUAUUUGGCUGCUUAUUUUGAUAGUGCUGCACUUCUUGCUGCCGCAAUACCACUAGACCCUCAUGAAGACGGUGAUGUAAGGAGAGCAGAGUUCAGUCAAGGCACACGGAUUGCAGUACAUCUAUGCUUGAAAUACUGGAAAAGAAGGAAACCCAAAGAAGCAACUGUUCAAGCACUUCUAACUAUUGUCCGCGGUCUGGGACAAAAGUACACAGCCGACAAAAUUCAUUUAUAUUUUGAAAAACAGUAUACAUGUCCAACCAUGAUGUGACUCAACCCAUACAUGUAUCUAGUGGCUUACAUCUGCAUUGUAUUUUUUCAUUUUGUAUAUCUUCACUUUUUGUUUUAUAAACAAAAUAAUUAUUGCUGAGGCAGCGAAGUUAA